ACACCGAGUUGACAGAGAUAUUGUUGGGUUCUCCUGAGGCUGCUCAGCGAGUAUGACCCUAACCAUACCCAGGAGAAUAUAAAUCCUAUGUCAGAUCUUCGCCUGCUUUCAUGUCGAAACAAUUGAACCUCUUCCAAGAUACAACCUACGGAUAAGCAAGAUACUUUUAUACCGUGAUUCAAAUUCAAAAUGGAAAAGUUCACCAUCAAACUAGACAGCGGCCAGAAGGUCACUGGCAGACAUUGCCUCCCAAAUACAGAUCGCUCAUCAUCCGGACAAACUGCCAGGCCGUUGAUCGUAUGCGUGCACGGCGCGAGCUAUGACUCGGAGUAUUUCGAUGCAAAUGCGGACUACUCCUGGUCCGUACUUGCGAACGCUUUCAACGUUCCCAUUGUAGCAAUCGACAGGCCUGAUUAUGGUGGUAGUACGGAGGUACCGAAUCAAAACGAUCCUGGGAACGCUGAUACUACAACCCCAACGCAACGCCAAGCCAGAUAUCUUGAAAGCACAGUUUUGCCGCGUAUCUGGAACGAAUUUGGAUUAACAUCCGGGGCUUCGAGUAUGGUGAUUGUGGGACACUCUGUUGGUGGGAUGGUGGGCAUCGAAACUGCAGCUGCACAUGCCACACAGACAACCUCGCUGUAUCCUUUAUCCGGCUUAGUCAUUUCUGGAAUUGGCUGUGUUCAGAGAAAAGUUGAAUCUGAUAAACAGAGCCCAAAUCACGACAAUGGCGAGAAGAAAGCACAAGAACCAGUUCUACCAGCAAAAAAGACCAGAUACAUUACCUUCGAGAUAACUCGCAAGAAUUCCACAAUGCUAGACUUCACGGCGGACAAAAGCCCGGCAGGUCUGUUAAUUAGCCCCGAUAUUCUACAAGUCACCGAGCAACUGAACCGUCCUGCUCCUUUGGCUGAGUUGAUUGAUGUGGCUCAGUUAUGGCGGUCAUACUGGCGCAGAGAGGCGGAACAGGUCAACGUCCCAGUCUUCUAUGCUUUGACAGAAGUUGACCCGUGGUUUGACUCUUCUAACAAAUCUGUCUCUGAAUUUGCUGGUGGCUUUACUAGCAGUCCAAAAGUCAUGCAUGGUUGUGUUCCGAGAGCUCCUCACUGUAUAGAGUUGAGUCUGCAGGCUAAGGGAUGGAUGCUGCAGUGUGGUGGAUUUGCUCUGGAGACGCUGUUCGUGAAUCUUCUUGAUAUUUUGUUGGUUCAUUUGACAAGCUUCCUUUAUCGGGCUGAUCGAGCUACCGUCGCUGUUCACCUCCAUCAUUUCCCCAACCAACAACAUCAACAAGGCAGCUGGCCUGUAUGUAGCGAGGGCAAAUGUUGCCCACUUGCAACCAUGCCAGAUGACUCCAAAUCUAAAACUUUCCCCGACCUCUCCUCGAAACUAUCAGCACCACCAAAACGAUCCCUCUUCGAGCGCCAAAAGGCCGAAGCCGAAGCAAAACGCGCGCGCGAGAAAGCCGAAACCGCCGCCGUUUACGAGGAUUUCGUCAAGUCCUUUGACGACGAUGGAGAUAGCAGCAGUAGAAGGACGUUGUCGAACUUCAGGUCUAGCGGACCUGGAAGUCUUGGUGGUCCUCCGCCAAAACGUCACUUCACCGGUGCAUCGACUUCCCGUAAUAGCGGCCCUGGAAGCUUAGGUCCCCCACCGCCGUCACUGGCGCGGAAACGAACGUAUGAUGGUUUUUUUCGCGAUAGAGAUCGGAAUAACCGAGAGUCGGGAAGUCAUGGUAUAUUUGGUUACGAUGACAAUAGUCCACAGGCCGCUUUUCGUACCUCAGAUGACGAGGCGGAAAGAGAUGUAGAGGACAAGGAGGCAGAAAGAGCUGUUGCAAAGCCCACGGUCUAUCUCUCUUCUUUACCACCGGGUUCGUCGCCGGCUGUCAUCAAGGCUCUGAUACCUGGAAAUCUUACAGUAGAUGCUGUCAAGAUUAUACCACCGCCCGCGCAACCAUCUAUGGAACGCAGAUCCUUCUCCGCCAUUGUGACUUUGGCACAGGAUACAGCGGCUUCGGAUAUUGAUGCUGCAGUGAGUGCUCUACAGAGUAAAUAUUUAGGAUGGGGUUAUUAUUUAUCAAUAUCACGCCACCUGUCCUCCGCAGCCAUUCAGUCAGGAAUGCCCGUUACUGUUGGAUCCUCAUCUAAGGGUUCAUUGCCUUUUGGUGCUAAACCAGUCAAUCAAGCUCCCGUCGGCAGACUCAAUCGAGCGCCUCCGCCUGGUCCUCACCGCGGUGGGUUUGCGCCGCCAGCCUCUUAUGGAUCACAGUAUGGGAAGCCUACGUCCACGGCUGAAAUAGAAGUCAAACCCCCUUCAAAUCUAAAGCAGUUGAGACUUAUACACAAGACUCUUGAGAAUUUACUGAAAUACGGGCCUGAAUUUGAGGCAUUACUCAUGAGCCGGCUAGAGGUGCAGCGAGAGGAGAAGUGGGCUUGGAUAUGGGAUGCUCGUAGCGUUGGAGGUAUUUGGUAUAGGUGGAAGCUUUGGGAUGUACUCACCAAUGCGAAGACUAGCCGUGGACGCUAUGGGAGGAAUAGUCCAGCUACACUAAUAUUCGAGGGAGGUGCCAGUUGGCUUGGUCCAGAGUCACCGAUUCGCUUCGAGUAUGCUACGACCCUUGAUGAGUUUGUGUCUGACGAAGACUAUGAUUCCUCAGAUGAAGAGGGUUCUGAUAACGAAGAGUCAAGACGGCGGCAUGCAGCAGACGACGCGAUCGGAGGGCAGGAUGGAAUGGGUUAUAUGGAUCCCUUGCAGAAGGCGAAAUUAACACACCUACUUGCUCGACUUCCGACAGCAAAUACCAAACUACGACGUGGCGACGUGGCUCGAGUGACAGCUUUUGCUAUUGAACAUGCGAGUGCGGGAGCAGAGGAAGUGGUGGAAAUGCUAGUGGCAAAUGUACUCCGCCCAUUCGCGUAUUCACGAGCCAAUCCAGAUCGUGAAGAAGUACGAACUGCCCUCAGAGAGAGUGAAGCCAAUACUGCCACUGGCGAUAAAACUGACGCUGGACCGGGUGCCUCUGGAAAAGGAAUUGAGGAUACCUCAGCUGCAAAGCUUGUUGGUCUGUAUGUGAUUUCAGAUAUCUUUUCCUCAUCGUCAACCAGCGGCGUGCGUCAUGCCUGGCGAUACAGGCAGCUAUUUGAACAUGCAUUUCGUACACACAAAGUUUUUGAGCAUCUUGGCCGCCUAGAGAAAGAGUUGAAAUGGGGCCGGCUCAAAGCAGAAAAGUGGAAACGCAGCGUCGGGGCCAUAUUACAUAUCUGGGAAGGAUGGAGUGUUUUCCCGCAACCAGCCCAAGAUCAUUUCAUUCAGAUGUUUGAGAAUCCGCCGUUGACGAAGAACGAAAUGGAAGAGGAGAAAAAGAAAGCCGAAGCUGAACAGGCUCAAUCUGCUGCUGGUAACAAGGGCAAGGGUCGUUGGAAAACGGUGGAUGAAGAUGCAGGAAAGUUCAUCUUAGCUGAGGUACCAGCACCUGAGCAAUCUGCUGCUCCGCAAUUUGAUGAUAGCCUAGACGGCGAGCCAAUGAGUGAUAUCGACGGUGUUCCAAUGGAGGAUAGUGACCUUGAAGGCGACGACUUGGACGGACAGCCUUUGGACAUGGCUGUUGAUAUGCAAGACAAUGAAGAGAAGAGAGAGCAACCCGAUCAGGCUACAGAGUCAACCAGCAAACCCGAAGAGAACACGCCAGUUGCGCGAGUGCGAAAGCCUCGACCGAAAGCAGAGGACAUGUUUGCAGAUUCCGACGAUGACGAUGUAUAGCACAGUUAACGUAUAUGACUUGUUGUAGACUA